UGUUGAACUCUAUCAGCAAGUUGGAGGUAGCAAGAGAUCCAAAGACACCCAUCAGGAUGUUAUGGUGGGACUCUGCUGCCUGGGCUCCUGUCCUUUCUCCUGUGAGACUGUGGGCAGCUCUGCUGCUCCUGGAUACAGCUGGUGGUCGAGCUGUGUUCCAGAAACAACCAAUGACCCUGCAGUAUGAAGGGACAUCACCUCCUGGGAAUGUCAACAACCAUGACAAGGAGGACUUCAGGACAUCAAGCUUCAGCUCUCAUGUCAGCCAGACCUCUGGGACAGAAUCAGAGGGAUACUCUUAUAAGACCUUCAAGGGCUAUACUUUCAGCAACCCCUUACACUUGAUUAUAUCAUAUGAUUGGCUGAUAUUACAGGUCCCAGCCCAGCCUGUGUUCGAGGGUGACUCUCUGAUCCUUCAUUGCCUGGCAUGGGGAGGUUGGCCUCUGUCCCAGGUCACCUUCUACCGAGAUAGCUCAGCCUUGGGCCCCCCCGGGCCUGACUCAGUGUUCUCUAUCGGCAUGGUUCAUGCAGCGGACAGCGGGCACUAUCACUGCAGUGGCACCUUCAAGAGGCCUGGCCCUGGAGCCAAGAAGGCAGCUGCUGUGUUCCUUCAAGUACAAGAGCUGUUUCUACCUCCAACAAUUACAGCAACUCCCUCCACAAAGCCCCAGGAGGGGAGCCAGAUGACCUUGAGCUGUGAGACAAAGCUGAGCCCCCAGAGAUCAGCCUCUCUGCUUCACUUCUCCUUCUAUAAAGAUGGCAGGAUGGUUCGGGCCAAAGACAGGUCCCCAAAAUAUAGGCUCCCAGAAGUGCAGCUGGGAGAUUCUGGGUCUUAUUGGUGUGAGACAGCCACGGAGGAUGGCCGGAUCCGGAAACAGAGCCUCAGGCUUGAGAUUCAGGUGCAGAAUUCUUCUUCAAGAAGCCCUCCCAGAACAACAGCUCCAUCUACUUCAGAUCCAGCUCCUGAAAAGCCACCAGUUCCAAAACCAGGUCCUCCUGAUUCCCAGAGACCACCUCAGUCCAGGCCCCAUUCUUCAGAGAGCCGACCUUCUGAUGGUCCAUGCUCCAAACCUCCCCUAACAAUGCAAGAUCCCCACCUUAACCACCAGAUGCAAAUUCUACUCCGUCACAUGCAAGAUGUAAGAACCCUGUUGGGCCACAUGGUCCUAGAACUCAGGGAUCUCUCUGGCCACCUUCAGUCCACAGUUUCAGGAGCAGCUGAAGGGCCAGCCUCCAAGGCCCAUGGGGCUCCAGGAACUUCUAGGGGUCCACAGAGGGAAUAAGACUGACACCAGACUCUCAUCUUGAUAAUAGGAUCUGGGUCUUGAGUUUUCAUUCCUAUGAUUUUUGUGCCCCAAUUGAUUCGUGCUCUUCCACAAUUGUAGGUAGGGAACAUUUGGUCAAUUUUUUGUUGUUGCUCUUGAGUGUCAUGAAAUGCAUUCUUCUAAUUCUUGGGACCAUAUGGCAAGACAGUCCUAGGGAUGACUUACUGAGUACCUCCCCCUACUCCACACAAGACACAUGGGCCACCAGAUGGCUAUGAAGAUAACCAGGCUUCCCUGGACACACAGGCUCUAGUGGUUGUAAUUUGAAUGGAAGGGUUUUAGAUAAUGCUGUCAAAUCUCUCACUGCUAAGUUGCUAUAACCCCUGAUACAGGCAUACCCAGAGAGAGAAUGGCUCAGAAAGUAUUGUUAAGUACUCAGUUGACACUGACUAUGAUGUGACACAGUCAUCACCAACAAACUUUCAGUGUUCUCCAGAUUCAAUACCUCAGGUAGCUAUUCUUCCCUUAAGACUUCCCUAAGGCCACAUACUCAAGGAACACAGCUGACUCCCAGAGAAAGUCAUCCAGAAAUAUUAUACUCUUCCAGAGUUACCUGAUUCUAUCACAAAAUAGUCUCACUUGACUCAUUAAUAAUCCCUCCCCCUCCAAGAUAGCUUUGUAACAAUAGUGGAAUGGGUCAGUCUUACAAACAUUAACCCAGAAGUUUCUUUCAGCUUUUAUCUGCUCCUCACAGGCAGUCCAGUAGAGGAUUAUAGGUUUCAGGAUAAAAGGUCAUAGAAGUCAUUGUGUUCUACUUCCUCAAGGAAAUGUGAGGCCUUAGAGAGGUUAAAUAACUUUCUCAGAGUUGCACAGCUAUUAAGUGGAAGAGGCAGGAUUCUGUUUCAUGUCCUCAAAUUUCAAGAUCAAUGUUCUUUUCCAUAUGCUACAGAGGUUGAUAAAGUUCUCAGAACCAAUGCCUAAAGUAACUUCCUUAGUGUAAUUGUACAGUAAUUCUUAUGUGUUUUCAUAUACACCCACUUUCCCCUCUUCCUAAACAUUAGUUAUCUCACUAGGUUCAGGUAGUCAGUCAUAGCACCAUUAACCAGGACCUAUUAUGUUCAGAGCCCUAUCCUGAGCACUGGGGAGAUACCCAGUCCCUGCCCUCAGGUAGCAUCUCACAGAUGGGCAGCACACACACACACACACACACACACACACACACACACACACACAGAUGCCUAAAAAUAAUACCUUCAAAAGUAUGAUUUAAAACAAGACAAACUAAAUACAUAAGGGCUCGAGGGUACAUAUGGGGUGAUUAGUUUAGUCAACAGAAUCUUCCUGGAGAAGGUGAGAUUUGAGUUAAAUUUCUGGGCAGCAUUUAGCUUUGUAGCUCUGGGAUCCCUAGAAAUAGCAUCAUCACUGGUCUUAAAGGUCAGAAGAAAGAUAUGUAGAGGAGGGAAGAUAUGUGGACAUAGAUACCUAAAGUGAAGAUAAAUCCCUACCACCUUAGAAGGUGCUGGUAACAAACAUGCGUUUGCUUUAAUGUUCAUGUUGUUUCUGAACCUUUACUAUCAGCUCAUGAAGCCUCAUCCUUCUGCCUGUUCUGAUAGAGUUUGAAACCCAACAGGGAGAUUAUUUUCCUCUAUUAAGGUGAAGAGUUCUCUUGGUCCAAAAUCAUUGCCUGCACUCAUAUUAGUUUGUUUAUCUACAUGGUCCUUUGGAAAUCUUCGUUCUCCUGGGGUUUUGGCUCCUAGAACUAUUCUUUCAGGGAUAGGCAUUAUGAGCUAAAUCAAUCAAGGAACUUGAAGAAAUAUUUGGAAAUCUUCAGUCAAAGCAAUGACCUCACCACCACCAUCUGGACAGCCAGUACUGUCUGAGAAAUGGGCUACCCAUGAUGUGGGUGGUCUCCCUCCUCUCUCCUUUUCUCAGGAGAGUGAGCCUCCAGGAAUCUAGGAGUUGGAGUCCAUGUCAGGUUUGGCAACCAGCCCAGAACCAAUGCCCUCAGGAGCAAAUAUUGACCUUCAGGAUUACACCCUGAGGCGAGGACUCAUCAAUGGGAACUUGGUGGAACUGUAGAAACUAUUCUAAGUCUGAGUCUACUCUCCCAUAAAACAAAGGUGAUAUAGGAGAGAAUGUGUCACUGAAGGGUCGGGGGAAAAUGUUUGUACUUUUGUUCUCGCUGUUUCUUAGAAGUAAAUAUUUUUUUAUGAAAGCUAUUUUUUUUAAAGCCAUGUUUUCAAAUGACUUUUGACAGUGACUCAUUAGUCACAUUUGCCAGUUCUUUCAGUACCUGAUGAUAUAGUUCAUCUGGGUCAGGUGAUUUAAAUUUAUCCUUCCUUUUUUUUGUUUGUUUGUUUGUUUUUGCUUUUGGUGGGGCAAUUGGGUUUAAGUGAC